AUGCAGUUCAAGCUUGCCCUCGUCUCGGCCCUCUUUGCCGCUUCUGCUAUUGCCGUUCCCGUUGCUUCCAGUCAGGCUAGCUGCUCCCAGUCUGUAGUCGCCGCCCUCAAUGGUGCGACCAAGGAAGUUUCUGACCUCAACUCAAACCUCUCGGGAACCACCAACGCUGCCUCUCUUGCUGCUGCGAUCAUUUCUGGAUUCGCCGACAACAUGGCGACUUUGCUGAGCGGAAUUGUCCUUCCUUGUGAUUACACCCUGAGCUCUCAGGACCAGCAGGACAUCUGUGAUGCUGCCACCACUUUCAUUGACACCGACAAGGCCCUUGUCUCGACCGUCAGCAACAAGGCUAAUAUCCUCUCUGCGAGUCUCCUCUCUGUUAGUGUUCACGCUGCCAUCAACAAUCUUGAGGUCGCUACUACCAACUACCUGCGACCUAUCAUCAAUAACAUGUCUAUCUGUGGUGGUUCUAUUCAGUCAGAGCUUACGGUUCUGGAGUCAAAGAUUAACAGCGCCGUUGCUGCUUUCUAA